AUGUUCCUCACAGUCAAGCUGCUUCUGGGCCAGCGAUGCAGCCUAAAGGUGUCAGGGCAAGAGAGUGUGGCCAUGCUGAAGAAGCUGGUGUUGGAGCGACUGCAGGUGCCCGAGGAGCAGCAGCACCUGCUCUUCCGAGGCCAGCUUCUGGCCGAUGACAAGCGUCUCUCCGACUACCGCAUCGGGCCCAACGCCUCCAUCAAUGUCAUCAUGCGGCCCUUGGCAAAGUCCGCUCCCGGGGAGGCCCACCAGCCCCAGCCCCUGUGGCACCAUCUGGGCCUGGUCUUAGCCAAACACUUUGAGCCCCAGGACACCAAGGCGGUGCUGCGGCUGCUGAAGCGGGAGCACCAGAGGCGCCUGCAGAGGAUAAGCCUGGGUGACCUGGAGCGGCUGGCGCAGUGCCUCCUGGUAGAGGAGCCGGUAGUGGAGCCCCCGGGGGGAGAAGGAGCCUGA